UACUGCUACUGAUGCGCAACAAGGCCGCAAUUGCAUAUCGUCUCAGCCACGUGCAGACGUAAAAGUCAUUCGAGCUUUCCUGCUUCAAUAAAGAAAUACCUUCCACUCAGGGGAAGAUGUGGAUGUGAGGUCUGUGCGUACGCACGCGACGGACGAAGCGUGUGCAGGUUAGAGAGACCCCCUCAAAAGGAAAUGCACCCUUUCAGACAGGCCUAGAGACGCGUAUGACGCGCUCCAGGCCACCAGUCGACUUCCAAACCUUCUGGGACCGAACCAUUGUUGACGCCUGUUUGCACCGGCACCAAGACUCAUGACGAACCUUCUCCCACUUGUACUUGCGACAACACCCGAAUGGCUCACAAUUUUGGGGCUCAUUUUCGGGGGAUGCUGUAGCAAUGCGCUCACUCUGGAAUACGCAACAUCCCACAACCCGAGGUCAGGAUCCCUCAUCACCUUCGCUCAAUUCGUCCUGGUUUCUCUCUUUGGCUUGAGAAAACGCUUUAUUUUUAUCGCGCAAAGUCACGAUAAGAAAGGCGACUCUAACUCGAUGCCACGCGUCUCUCUCAUUCAACGAAUCAAGCGUGUACGAAUCAAACCGCUAGCCGUGCCGCUACGUCGGUGGGCUAUACAAGUCAUUCUGUACCUGGGGAUCUCGCUAUUGAAUAAUUAUGCUUUCAAGUAUCGCAUACCAAUGGCAGUCCAUAUCAUUUUCCGAAGUGGUGGACCCGUUGUGAACAUGAUCAUUGGAUACGUCCAAAGGAACAAGCGCUACCCUAGACUCCAAGUUGCAGCUGUCGUCCUUGUUUCUGCCGGCAUAGCCGCGUGUACGGCACCGGGUGCUCAGGGCACGAAGCCAAGGGUCUCCACGACUUCAUCAUCUAUUCAUUCCGAUACAUACACCGCCGUCGGCGCCAUUUCGUCUCACAUAGAGUACAGUCUGGGAAUAGGGAUGCUGGCGCUUGCUCUUGUUCUCUCACAAUAUCUUGGGUUCUCCCAAGAAGAGACCAAUAAACGCUAUGGUCGUGGUCAUUGGGAAGAAGGAAUGUUUUUCCUUCAUUUUCUCUCCCUUCCAAUGUUCUUUUUCGUACGGGAAGAUCUCAUAGAGCAAAUAAAAUUUGCCAACGCAAGCGAGCCUGUCAGGAUUUCCGAAUCCCUGUAUACAUUAUUUGCCAUGCCGAUGGAUUUUGUUGGGUUCGCCAUUGGCGUACAGGGUAUUGUGUUGCCGUCAUUCACAUCUAUUCCUUGGCCUCCGUGGCUUCCGACACUUCUUUUACCGCCACUCUCAUCCCUAACAAUACCCUAUUUUUGGGUACCACUCAUCCUAAACGUCCUUACUCAUACCAUAUGUGUCUCGGGCGUGAACAGACUCACAGCACGGGUAGACUCAUUGACAGUCACCCUCACACUUACCGUGCGGAAGGCUGCCUCACUGAUCAUCAGUGUUGUUCUGGUUGGAAGAAGCAGAGGGAAUAUAUGGCUUUGGGGUGGAUCUACGGCUGUGCUUCUGGGUUCUGUGCUUUAUACGUAUGGCGGCGACAAUAGGCGGCCAAGGGAAGAAUUGAAAGCAGAAUAA